GAGGUUGGAAAGCCCUUUAGCCUUGUGAGACAUGUCACACUCAUCCAAUCCACGGAAUUCUCAGAGGAACUCGCUCUCAUGCAGGUCUGGGGAGUGUGUCUGAGGACCAGGGAUCCUCCAGCCAGAGGUGGAGGAGGUGGCUGGCCAUCCCCAGGCCGGGUGCCCCGAGCUGGGCCAGUGACGACCUCCACAGCCACUACAAGGACCAGGAUGACCUACUGACUGAGGAGAGACAUGACAACAGCUCCCAGAUUGAAGACAUGAACCAUAGCUACUACACAUCUAAGAUCUACGGGGCUACAGAGACUGCUGGUAAAUAUCUGUGGGUGGACAUAGAUCAGCUGGACCCAGGGAAGGGGAAGAUCCACGGCCUGCUGUCCAACACACACAGACAAGCAGCGAGUGUUCAUCUGUCCUUUGACUUCCCGUUCUAUGGUCACAUACUGAGAGAAAUCACAGUGGCAACUGGUGGUUUCAUCUACACAGGCGAUGUCAUCCACAGGAUGCUGACGGCCACUCAGUACAUCGCCCCUCUGAUGGCCAACUUUGACCUCAGUAUGUCCACAAACUCGACCAUCAGUUACUUUGACAACGGUACAGCCUUAGUAGUCCAGUGGGAUCAGGUUCACCUACAGGACAGUGUAAGUCAAGGCCCAUUUACCUUCCAGACCGCUCUGCACAGUGACGGACGCAUCGUCUUCGCCUACAAAGAGGUUCCCAUUGACAUCAAUGAGAUCAGGUCAGUGAACCAUCCUGUCAAAGUGGGCCUCUCAGACGCAUUUGUGGUGCUUCAUGAGAUUGAGCAGAUACCCAAUGUUCGCAGGAGGACCAUCUAUGAGUACCACAAAGUGGACAUCCUCAAGUCCAAGAUCGCCAACUCUACAGCGGUUGAGAUGCUUCCUCUGCCCACUUGUCUUCAGUUUUCCAGCUGUGGGCCUUGUAUGUCAUCUGAGAUCGGCUUCAACUGCAGCUGGUGCAGCAGACUGCACAGGUGUUCCAGUGGCUUCGACCGGCAUCGUCAGGACUGGGUAGAUAAGGGCUGUCCUGAAGCGGGGAAAAACCAGAGCUGUGUUCAGAUGGUUCACACCAACACCACAACACCUUACAAUGUGCCUAACGCUCACACUACAACCACUCCAGUUGCCAUGACAAGAACAGUGCAACAGCGGACUACCACCUCCAUCACCACAACUACCUCCUCUACCACCACUACCACUGCCACUACUACAUCCAGAGCCAGACCUAGCCCCACUGUCACCACUGCCCUCCCCUUCACCAGUGCUCCUACGGUGGAUGACACUAAGUUUUCCCUGCACACAGAAAAAGAAUCGCCUGCUGAGGUGGACGAGCCAGAGGAGGAGCAGAGAGAGGUGCGCCUGCAGACUGGUCUCCUGGUGGGCAUCUCGCUGGUCAUGAUCACCAUGGCAGCAGCCGUCAUAGCAACGGUGUACAUGUACAACCACCCGACCUCAAGCGCCAGCCUAUUCUUCAUAGAGAGGCGGCCCGCACGCUGGCCAGCCAUGAAGAUGAGGUUCUGUCGCAGCUCAGGGAACCCUGCGUAUGCCGAGGUGGAGGAUCCGGGGCUGGAGAAGGACGAUCUGGUGGUCAUCGACCCCAUACACACCUUCGUCAUCUCCGGCCACGACCGCAGGGAGAGCUUCAUGGACAGCAAGGAUGGCUUCAUCGUCCCCAACCAAAGAGAACGGUUCCUGUCAGACCAUUGCUGACCGGACCUGACUGGAUCUGACUGAACCGGACCUGGCCGAAACUAACCAGACCUGACCAUUCAGGAGGCUUUGGGGAGGAACUAGUAUUCUAUACUGUGGAAGGAGAAUGUAUACUUCGCUACCUUGCAUUCUAACUAAAGUGCAUGAAUAAAGGAACAGACAGGAUUUGUAAGAGACCAUAUUCAGACACUUAGAGGACAAAUGGAAGUUUGAGGGGGAAAAAAGCUUAUUUUGUUGUUUAAACCAACACUUUUGGGCCUUCUUCAGUUCUACCGUGGAAGUGGAAUUCCUUGAACUAAUAGAUGGCCUUUUAUUUAGCACGUACAAAUGUCAAGGUUCAGAGCUGCUGAGGAAGAAAAACUAGCUGAUUUUAAAAAACAAUGAAAUAUAUAAGCUAAGAAUGUCAUCAGCAUGUUGACCAGGUUUUGUUUUUCCUGGUGGAAUGCACUGCUACAGCUGACUGGAGAUGGAAAUGGCAGUGCCUCAGGAGAAUCUCAGGCCGACUCAGAGUGACUCAACGACAGCUACAGGACAAUGUGCUGAUGAUUCUCUACUGUAAAUAUGCUUAACCUGCUGUCAUUUUCAUGACAUUUGAAACAUUUGUGAUUUGUGUGAGAAUGCUGUGAUUGCAGAGGACAGGACACAUACAUUAAACUGGACAGAUGAAUUAA